GGACGUGACGCCAAACAUAAAGUAAGUUGAGACACCACUGUAACCAGGAAGGCUUUCGUUCUGUUGAGCAGGGCUUUAAAAAAAAGAACAGGUUAGUAGUCCUGUGCAGUCUACGUCCUUGAUAAUAUCGUCAGAAAUCUCACCGAACAAAAUCUUGGGCCCGGGUUGUUGCUAAUGUGCGGAUGGACCGCAGUUAGCUGGCGUGGAGGAGCCGAAGCGGGCACCAGGCGGCGAUUACUGAGCUCUGUUAAAAUGGAGGAUGAAGAGGUUGCGGAGAGCUGGGAGGAAGCGGCGGACAGCGGGGAAAUAGAAAGAAGACUUGAGGCAAAGCUGAAAAUAAACCAGCUUUCAAAGAAGUCCAGUUCAAGUUCACCUGUGAGAACUGCAAUUGUAAUCCAGGAUGAAUCUCUUCCUGCAGCACCGCCACCACAAAUCAGAAUUUUAAAGCGGCCGUCAAAUAAUGGUACUGCGGGAAAUCCUGCAUCCUCGUCUCGACCUUCCCAGCAGAUGAAGUCUUUGGCGCAGCGUGAGGCGGAGUAUGCAGAGGCUCGUCGGAGGAUUCUGGGUAGUGCUUCGUCAGAUGAUACACCUCAGGACAAUCCAUGCCAAGAGAGGCCAGUUCGUAUAACUGCACAGCAACCAUCAGAACCAGUUCGUCCCAACAGUCAUGUGAUCCGCCAGCCCACCGGGCCUGACGGCACCUCAGGCUUUCGACUUUGCAGAUAAACCGGAGCCUCCCACUAUUAUUGGGUCAAAUGUGUUACCAAGAGCAGUGAAAGGGGUGUGUAGUAUGAAGAGCAGAGUGGUGUGUGAACAUUUGAAACAUGAAGAUAAAACAUGAACUCGUCCACCCUCGCUCUACCCAACAUAAUGGGAUCGUCUUUGCCAUCCGUCAUGCCUUCUCUCUUUGUGGAACAAUAGGAGGGGCUGGCAGAGAUUGGCCACCUCCCCGCCUGUUCCACGCUUAUAAGGGGGCUUUUGCCUAACAUCCCUAAACACUGUGAUACUUUGCUAUACCAUGAGGUGCCCUUUGACUCUUACUCGUUCGCAGGCGAGUGUCAGGGUGUCAGAUGUCGGUCCCUUCCAGGCCAAUUAAGUAAGUCCGGGAACAGCCCUGGAGAUGGAAACGAAUGAGCUGGCCCUUCCAUGGAAAGUUGAACCGGUCAUGACUGCGUGUCCUCCGGUAAGACGAGUUCAGGUGGUUAAGUAUUUGUGUUAAGUAACUCUAGUAUUAGGCACUGGACAAAAAGUCAACCUGGUGUCACCUUCCGGUCAUCGUGCACGUUGCUUUAUGUGUUUUAAUACAGAAGGGGCCCAAAGUAGCAGUCCACAGUCGUCCGUGGGGUGCUGGUGACUGCCCAAUAGUCACCCAGAUAAAAUAAGUCUGUUUCAUUCAAGCAAUAAGAAAUGCAUUCCUUCCUUAUUUUUUUAUUUUUUAUUUUUUGCUCUAUUGUCAGUGAUCUGCUUUUUGGUCACGUGAUCUUGUUUUCAAUUCUUUAACUUGCAUAAAUUUUUUUCCCCGAGGAAUUUUUGUCAAGGAAUUCAAUAGACAGAUUAUAGUCGUUUAUUUCAACAUAAGAAUUAUAACAUCGAAGUGCAUAAGCUUUGAAACAGGCUGACUCUCCUAUGAAUUGAAAGUAAUUGCAAAACUGAAGAGCAUUUGGUUUGCUUGAUCUGCAGAGAGUUGGUCAAUGUCGAUCAAAGACUGCAGCAUAUUUGCAGACUGCAAUUAAGAUGAUUGCUGGUAAAUGAUUAACAAAUGACUUGCCUAAGCAACACAAGAAAGGAUGUUUCCACCAUCAAGUGAUUCAUUUUAUUUUUUUGGGUACAUUUUUGUAUGAAUUUUGGAUUUCAUUCAAAUGUAACUAUUUUGUUUUUCUUAACUUCUUUCUCACUGCAUUUUACAGCAUUGUCAGAUGUCCACAACCCCUCAAACAAAAGUUUGCAAAUCAUGAAAGUGUUCUAAACAGCUAGCUAUUUAGUACAUUGUCUUUAAAUGGUCGACCCAUACAUGCCUUAAAUCCUAAAUGCCCAACAUUGAUGGUGUGUGGCUUUUGCCUAUUCAUAUGGUGCUCAUUGCACUUAUGAAUGUAGCAUACGUUUUAAGCAAGUAAGCAAGUUUAAGCAACACAACUUGUCACAAAAAAAUCUUAAGGCAUACUCCACAAUUGUGCUCUCCAUUACAAAUAUCUGUUUAAAAGAAGUGAUGAAAUAGUAUUUUUUUAUAUUUCUUCUAAGCAUACUAAAAAAAUCUGUUUUGUCGGUCACAAUGUUAAACUAUGUUACAUAAAUGAGACUGAUUCAUGAAUUUAAUAUCACAGUAAAAUGAAGAAAAUGUCGUGAUGGAAUGUUAAAACUAUUCAAGGUUAAGUCAGAAGGUGAAUUUGUUUAUAAAAAAAUUUCAGUCUCCCUUAAUGGCCUUUAGAAAUAUUACACCUUUUUAGUGUGAGUAUUAUGUUGCUUAGAACUCAAUUUGAGCAGAAUAUUUUUGUUUACACAAAUGACAGGUAUGCGAAAUCUGCUUGUUUGUAUUUCUGUUUUGAUAUUUAAUUUGUUUUUCUCUACUACCUGUGAAUGGAACAUCCUCUUCUGUGUGCAUGGUUCUUAAGGUUUCUGAGUGACAUGCAGCAGUCACAUAGAAACCUGGGAAAGGUUAUAGCAUAUGCUACUAAACCUCUAUUGCUAUCACAAAACUCAGGGUAGCAUUUUCAUUCUCAAAACUGGGUAAUUGUUGCAAUGUCAUUGGGAUGGGACUAUUGCUUUGCGCGGAUACAUUCAUCACAUUCGUCUUCGAAUAAGGCACCAUCUAUACUCCUAGAUUUCUAAAUGAUCGGAUUCAGUUAUUGCUACAAAGGAGAGUCGAAUUAACACAAUUUAAUUUUGAGUUAAAAGUAGUGAUUAUCUGCAACUAUCAUAAGCAUUGUGUGACUGAGCUCAUGAAACUUGUUUUAUUCUGUCAGUAGUAUGUGGCUUACUUGUCAUUUAGAAUCCUGAAAACAAAAAAAUCCCUUUAAUAAA